GAAGUUCUCUGGUCUUAGUUUACUGUUUGAUUCAGCGACGAAGAGGAGGUGAAAGAUGAAGACUCUGCUUGUCCUCGUUCUCUGCUCCCUGGCUCUGGCUGUCCCCUGUCUGACCGACGAAGUGGCAAAGCCUGCUGGUGACCACCCUGCUGAGGACGGCUUGUUUGCGGAGAAGGAGCAGGCGUCCACCGUGGUGAGACAGAAGAGAGCUGCAGCAGAGUUAACACUCACCCAGCUGGAGAGCCUGAGUGAAGUGUGCGAGACCAACCUGGCCUGUGACGAAAUGAUGGACACCGAUGGAAUCAUCGCCGCCUACACCGCCUACUACGGACCAAUCCCCUAUUAGAACCAUCCCAACGUCCCUUCUUCUCUUUGCAUUCUCACCCUUGAGCUUAACUUUGUCUUUGCGGUUUUUAAAAAAGGUCCCAAAGUAAAAUAUCAAAAUAUAAAAGAUGGAGUCGGCAUGUGAGUUUAUUUCCCCCCCUGCAUCGCCCCUCAGUGUCUCCGUCAGUU